GUGCUGUGGUUUGAGAUUGAACAUGCAUGACAAGGUCUAACUUUUAAGAGUUACUCCUAUCCGAUGUAAGGCUCUGAACGCCUCCAUUUCAUUUCUCAGUUUUCACAGAAACUGGCCAUUGGAAAAACCACUUUAAAAAGAUGGGAAGUGCUGGAGGGGUGGUGACCUCACUUGUCAUGCGUGGCAAGCAAUGCCAUUCUAUCUUCGACCUGGCUGAGCUGUGGAACUUGUGCACCGUCACUGCAGAGCAGCCUUUUCCAGAAUAGUGAUAUGUGCGUGCAGCUUGCAGGUGUGGUUGAUAUCAAAUUGUAUUCUCAUUAUGACUUGGAAAGCUGACUUUGAAGGCAAAUGAGAAGAUGCACAUAGCUUCACGUCACGGGAAAAAAGUGCAAUGGAACUGAAUCGCUGACUCUGAUUGUGACAAGGGUACCAGUUUAUUUAUUGACAAUCCAACAUUUGUGAGCUGACCAUCUUGUCAACCGUCGUGUUGACUUGGUAUAGUGCAAUCAUGUUUGUCAAUACUGUUGCACUGAAAGACUAGAAUCCAUCUAUCUAGAAAAAUAAGUUACCCGACAUUGCUGUGUUUGAUUUCCCAGAGGGCCAAAACAGUGGCAUGUUACAAUCUGAUGACUAACUACCAGAACCUUCAUCUAAAACAUUUAUUGUUAGUGUUGUGGACUUAAAGAAAAGGUGCAACAGCAUGAAAGUCCACAUGAAAGUUUUAAAACAAGAAAAUGAUGCUUUGAAAAUGCAAAGUGAAAGAAUAUAAAGAGCGUACCAACGACCUCAAGGAAAGGAAUGAAUUGAUAACUACAAUAAAUCUUGAUUAUCAAAAGGAGAGAAAAGAUAUGAGGGAGAACUGCAACCAUGUUUGUCCGCGCUCAAGUUCAGAUGGUAAUUACCCUGGAAUCAAUAGUAGUUAUAUGUAUUUUGGAUUAAAACACAGCUUCUUUCCGAUACAUAUUGAGGACCUUUCAAUGUACAGUAUCAAUUUCCUCCACCGACGUGGGUUCCCCAAGAUUUGGGUGGUUGUGCCUCCGACAUCCAUUUCCAAACUACACCAUUUUCUGUCAAGAGAGUUUGCUGGCCCAGCACAACAUAGAACAUGUAUUGGACUCCUUAGCCACAAAUACUUUGUCCCGACGCCAGCCUGGUUGAGAAGAAAUGGAAUACCCUUCAAAGUGGUUGUCCAGAGAAAUGGGGAAGGUGUCCUCGUGGCACCUAAUGCAGCCCAUUUUGGCUUUAAUACGGGGAACAACUGUGCUGAGGCAACUAAUUUUGCCUCCAAGGCCUAUCUACCCUAUGGAAUUGUGUACCCGAAGUGUACCUGCAUGCCCGGCGAGGUCCAUGCAGAUUUGACAGUGGUUAUCAAGUCUCAAAGUCCUGAAUUGCUGGAAGCAUACAAGGCUGGAAAGGUACCAGUUGUGUCCUCUCCAAAUUUUUAAAAUAGGAUUGUGCAUUCACAUCUGUGGAGG